GCUUGUAAUGGUCGAGAAGGCUCUGACUUGAUGAGAAAAGUGCUUAUUAGUCGAGGAAGGAUUGUUACUGAAUUCGAUGCCAUCAACUAGAUACUCUUGGUUAUGCAUCCUUUCAGCAGUUCAUAGAUGGGUUAAGAAUCUAUGCAGCAGGAAUUGGUGAGACACGUGCCGGCUACACUAAUUCUUAUCGAAAGUGGAUAUUUGUAUCGCGACUGAUAAGAGGAACCAACAACUUAACUACAUAACAGUAUUUCUCAAAGACAUGAAUAUCUUAGCUGUCAACUUUGGUAUCAGUAUAUCUGCCAGGUCAGUGCCUUCCAAAUCAUCGAUGGACUGUCGUAGAUCAUAUAAAUCACCGAUGGCUUGGAAGUGAUUGCAUAUAUCAGUAGCGGCAAAAACGGAACUACACAAAGGAUGGGACCCACGUGUUGCUACUCAUGUCAAAUGUGUUUUCUCAGUCUCUAAUCAGACUGGAAGGAAUCAAAACCGCCUGAGACUGACUGACAAGGAAUUCAUGGCCGGACAUGUCUACUGUUGCUGCCUUGGAUUUCCGUCGAUGAUUUUGGCCAAUAACAUGCAAACCAUUUAGUAUUACGUGACAAGGGUACACAGAUUUGUCGAUAUCUUGAAUCAUCAUAUCAAGCUUGGCAGUUCGUGUAUAUGGUCAUCGCGAAGAACGUUAUGGGACAUGUUAACCGGAAACAGAAGGGCCAUUCGGUCCUGCUGGAACCUUUGAGGAUAUCGUUCCCAUCUAUGACUUCGCAAUGGCACACGUAAUAAUAUCAUUCGAGGGUAGUACCCAUCGUGUUGUGGGGAAUUCGGAUAGAAGUUUUGCGAGUUGUUAGUGCGUCUGUCUUGGAAUAUAUACUGAAGUUCGUUAGCGAUAAACAAUGGCUUUAAACGUUGAUGCACCAAGUAAGAUGACAAACUGUGUGGAUUUAUCUGGUUACGUCAUACUGCUGGUGGAAGGUGAUGAUGGAGGAAUCAAACUUUACGGGUCGCCAGCAGACAGAGCAGAUCUCCAGGUCGGCGAUGAGAUUCUGGAAGUAAAUGGGCGGAGAAUAGAUGGGACAAGCCAUGCGGAUAUAAUAUCGCACAUUCAUAAGUGUAUCAAGUCGAGGACAAUAUGUUUGAAAGUGAAAAGAAGAGCAAGUUUUGCUGAAGUUGCUGAUGUUCACAAUGUGCAAGAUGCUUAUGUGAUUGCCGUUGAAGAAAAAGCCAAGCAACGAUUGGAGAAGCUUUCAGCGGUCCACAAGAUCCAGCCAGUGGAUAUGACCAAACUACCCAACCAGGAAGAAAAAGAAAACAUGGAUAUUGAAAGCUAUAACAAUCCAUUUCGAAAUAAUAAGGGAAAUAAUAUGGACUCGCCCCACAAACGGGGGAAGCAGCCAGUUCAUGUGGAAGCUAAUAUCAAUGUGCCGCCUGUUGAGGCUGGUUUGAAUGGCGGACACUUUGAGGCCGAUAUAAACGGACCUAAUGUGGAUACGACCAGAAUGAACGGUUAUGUAAAUGGUGGAUCAGCUCGCUUAGACAACACUAACCCGUUCCUGCCGGCAUAUCAAUACGCCGGCAGUGAGGGGGGCAGUUCUGUCUCGGACAGUGAUCUGUAUCGAGGACCGUCUGAUUUUAAUACUUUAGAACGUGGUGUGCAGCAAGCGAACAAUGUUCAGGAGGAGAUAAUGGUUGACAAUACUACUGACUUUAAUAGCGGUUACACAGGUAUCAUAGACGGUAGUGAUGGGCCCCAUAGAGAAAUGGCAAUUGAUGUACCAGCGGGAUUCCGAGGCAGUUUAAAAGAACCGCCACGAUUGCCAUCACACAUUGGACCAUCUCCUCCAGGGACGCCAAAGAAAGAGCGUAAAACUGCUGAUAAAUCGGGAAGUAGUACUCCUAAAUCUGACCGAGAUGAACAAUUGCAAAGAAUACGAAAACAUCAGGAGGAUUUACGGAAACGGCGCGAUGAAGAAGACCGGUUAUUACGAGAACAGGAAUUUUUACGUGCUUCCUUACGCGGUUCUAAAAAGUUACAAGCGUUAGAACAGCGGCCUCCACCACCACAACCUGUUGGGUUUGAAAACGAGGCAUUCGUGGAGGAGGGGGAUCACCUUGAUGGGAGUUUACCACGAUCUGCACUGAGGGUCACACCUCCGGAACCUGGCACAUUAGACAGAAAACAGCAGUAUGAACCCACUAGUCAAGCAACUGCUGAGGUACAGGCACAGCCAAUUGAUCUAGAAAAGAUCACCGCUUCCCUAAAUGCAAUCAAGUCCAAGUUAAACUCAGCUGAAAACAAGGACGACAUCACCUUCCUCAACAGACUCUUCCAGGACUCACGGUUUCAGAAGACCGUCGCAGUCCACCAAAAAGUAUUGGGGGUGUCGAAACGUGAGCCAUGUCCACAAGCAGUAUGUCACAGUGCACAGAGAGAAUGCCUCGAUAUUAUGGCAUCCUCGUCCCUCAGUCAGAACAACCCGUAUGUCCAGGAGCUCCAGAAGUUGUUGGAAAAACCUGAAAUGCAGGGCUUACUUCUUGCACACGACCGCGUAAGUUACCAGUAUCAGUAUACCGUGCCUUGUGGACAAGGAGACGAUGACGAUGAUGACGACGACGACGACGGUGACCUUCCUGUCGAGACCAUUGAAGGUCAAUAUGGCGGUGACAGCAUAAAGAUCAUACGGAUACAGAAGUCAACAGAACCCCUUGGUGCUACAGUAAGGAAUGAAGGUGGGGGUGUGUUCAUAGGACGGAUCGUCAAAGGUGGAGCAGCUGAAAAAAGUGGUCUCCUCCAUGAAGGUGAUGAGGUGCUGGAGGUAAAUCAGAUGGAAAUGCGAGGGAGAUCGGUCAAUGAAGUCAGUGACCUCUUGGCUGGGAUGACGGGCAUUCUUACAUUCAUGAUUGUUCCCAACAAAGACUUCAACCAAUCACAAGACGAGACACUGUCGUGCUUACAAGGAUCCAGAUUUUCUGGCCCUCAGGUUCACGUUCGAGCGCACUUCAACUACGACCCAGAGGAGGACAUGUACAUCCCAUGCAGAGAGUUGGGCAUAUCGUUUGUUAAGGGCGACAUCCUGCACAUCAUCAACCAGGAUGAUGCCAACUGGUGGCAAGCAUUCCGAGAGGGGGAAGAAGACCAUACAUCAUUAGCAGGAUUGAUUCCAAGUAAAAACUUCCAAGAACAACGAGAGGCCGUAAAGCAAGUGAUCGUCCAAGAUAGCAGCGAAGAUAAGAAAAAGAAGAACAAACUUUGUGCGCGGAAGAAGAAAAAGGGCAAGAAGAAGGCAUUGUAUAAUGCUCAUACCAAUGAUGACUUUGAAGCCGAAGAAAUUUUGACUUAUGAAGAAGUGGCUCGAUAUUACCCACAACCGAACAGGAAGCGACCAAUAGUCAUGGUCGGACCUCCACAUGUUGGUCGCCAAGAGUUACGUCGGCGACUCAUGGAGAGUGACCUCGAUCGAUUUGCUGCUGCUGUUCCACAUACAAGCCGUCCAAGAAAAGAAACUGAGGUUGAUGGGCAGGACUAUCACUUUGUUCCACGGUCAGUCAUCGAAUCGGACAUCUGCUCAAAUAAGUUUGUCGAACACGGCGAAUUCGAGAAAAAUAUCUAUGGGACGAGUCUAGAGGCGAUUCGAAUGAUCAUCAACAGUGGAAAAGUUUGUGUGCUAGAUUUACAUCCACAGGAUGAAGGAGAUUCUGCCAUACCACGUGAAGGCUGGAAAUAUAGACGAGUGUCAUUGAAGAUCCUGAAGAUGUCAGACUUGAAGCCGUACAUCAUCUUCAUCGCUCCGCCAAACAUUGAGAAACUCCGGCAGAACUGUGCUAAACUUGGGACACGGUUAGCGGACGAUGCUUUGAAGGAAGUCAUUGACAAGUCACGAGAAAUGGAGGAGAACUUUGGUCAUUACUUUGACACGAUCAUCAUAAACUAUGAUAUGGAUCGGACAUUUGACGAGUUACUGCACAAGAUUAACUCGUUAGAGAUUGAGCCACAAUGGGUCCCCGCACAAUGGAUGCAAGAUUAGGAAUACCUUGAGUUUUAUUGGAGAUAUCUGUGAUUUCUCAAAUGCUUGUCAGUUCACGAGUUUAUUGAUGGGACAUUUUAGACAAAAGGAUUCAAACGUGUUUUGAACUUGUUUCGAACGGCUUAUAGAGGGUGUGCAAUGACAUUAUUCGGGCAUCCAUUCUGGACGUCAAAUGGCGGCUUUUGUAGUGAUGAGUUCAUCCACUUGGCCUCUUUAGGUAGAAAUGACUGAGUAUACAACAUUUCUGGAAGGAUAUUCUGCUCAUCUCAACAUUGAAGACUGGGACAUUGGGAUUCAGUGACAAAUCGGAUUUAGAGUGGGAUCGAUUGGUGGGACUUUUGUAUGUUUCCGUUCAGGAAAACAUUUCACAGGAUGUUUGUUUUGCUUGCAUUGUCAUUGCAUUUGUGCAAUAUUGUUUUAUUGUUGUUGCUGAGCAGACGACAAAGGUAGCUACAUCAGGAUGUACAGCUGUAGGGUGAUCGUCUGCCAGUAACCAGCCGUGUGAUGCCAAUUGGCAUUUUGAUGUGUGGAUCAGCUGUUUUCAAAGGAUAUCAUUAUCUUUUGUUCCUUUUACAUUUGCCCGGAAGUCACAACCGUCUUAUUUCUUUUUUACCCCAGUAGUCUGACUGAAUAUAAUUGACGUCCAUGUAAAUAACUUAUUAGCCCUAUUAUAGUAGUAACCCUCCCUGUUGAGAGGCUGUAUACUGAGUAUCAACAUAGGGGGCAGCGGUAGCGCAGUGGAAGAGUCGGCCUCAUGAUCAGGAGGUCCGGGGAUCGACUCCCGGCCGAGUCACUCCUUGGUUCCCCGACUGGUCAAGUUCAAGUGAGCGCCUUCUGGUUGCUCCUUGAAACCCCUGAUUGAUUUCUGUGGAGACCGGGGUAAUAAUAUGAUAUCCCAAAGCGCUUUGAGCGAGAACUAUAGUGUCACGGAAUUGCGCUAUAUAAAAGACUCAUUAUUAUAAUUAUUAUUAACACAGAUGAUGUCUUAAAAUAAACUUGUCUCUGCAUUCUGGUUGUGAUCUUGUCCUCAAAAGACCAAAGUCGGACGAAUGCUAUUAUAAUCAGACACCCAGAAACUUUGUUUCGGUGCAACAAAGCUUUGAUAAAAAUGAUUUGACAUGUCGAUCCAGUAAUGGUCACUGUGCCCUGCUUGGCUUAUUGUUGAAGGAACUGGAGGUAGUUUGGUACAGUUUCGCAGCCGACAAUAUGCACUUUUGCGGAACAAUUUUCCAGGCACUAUUCAGUGCUGCUUGUUGAAUUGAGGGGGUUGCAGGCACAGCAAAUCCCAACAGACUUAAUGAGUGAGGCUGCAUUGCCAGGCACUCAUUGAGUUUAAAGGCCUACCUUCUCAGUUAGUUGGAAACUGAUUCUCCAGUGUGAAAAUGGCACUUGUAUACCUUCGUACCCUACCAUCUUCAAUCGUUGGUAAACUGCCUUGACCAUUCAAACCUGGUCUCCUCCUUGUGUAGGUACUGAAUAUACAGCCUCCAACGUGUGUAUUAUACCCGGCCUCUAUACUGCCAUUAUUCUAUACUUGCUUUAUUUAUUUGUUUGUAAUUUAUUAUUAUCUAUAUCCUAUCGAGGGUUGUGAGAUUUACCUAAUUAAAAAUUUUCAGGGGGAUGUCCGGUGUUGAAAAGUGACAGAGGUUCUAUUCUAUAGUGACGAUCUUAUUUUGCCCAAUUUUAUCUUUUCUUGUUAUAACGUUUCAAUUUAUUGGCCUGGAUUCAGAGGCCCUGUUCUCUUUAUCUUCUCUAUAUUGCCCUCUAUCAUAUCAAGAGAAACAGAUACUCUGCAGCAGCCAAAAGGCCCUUGAAGCGCCAGGCAAAUGAGUGAUUUAAGACGCUGUUUGCAGGACGUUUCAUAUCCAUUCAUAUCUUGUGAGUUGCGUCCCUUGUCCUUAUAGUUUAGAUUGUACCUUAAUUUCGUACUUCAAGCCGAUUGAUUUAUUUGCUGACUGGUCCUGGUAUGGUAUGGUUUGUUGGAAGAAAUAAGUCCAGAUUUAACCAGAUUAUUCUCAGUAAUUUGAAGUUGUCUUGUAGGCUCAUCAACUGGGCAUAUCCGAAAUAUAAAAUAUGUGCUGGUUGUGAAGUGCUAAAGCUGGGAGCAGGCAGAGGUAAAUGACUGUGUGAGUCGUAAUAUCAACAUCAUUGUAACUUAUUCCUGUAUAUUGAAUUCAAAAUGGGAGAUGAAUGAGUCCCAGAGUUGCAGUAUUUUUAUCACAGUUGUUAAAGUUGAACUGACGAUUUUAACCAUGAGUUGAUAAAAUGGUAAUAACCAUUACAAUAAAAAAUUACAUUGUGAAGAAUAUGGAUUUUGCAAUUUAUGUUAAAUUUGUCAGUUCACCUUUAAAGACCGAGUUGUUUGGCAUAUUAUAUCUGCUGAAACUUGUUCAUUCCUUGUACAAACAAAUACAUAUCACCAUUUAUGUUGAUAUCUAUUAUUUCAUAAUUUUAAUUCUAUACUUAAGAUAAUGUGAAAUGAGAAAGUGGACAUAGUAUUUUUGCAUUAUAAUUCUGUAUAACCAUGUACAUAGGUGUACAAACUUCAUUUUGUAUGGACAGAAGAAAGGGAUAUGUUUGACUCGAAGACUGUAAGUAAACUUACUAUGUACUUAACAAAUGUAGCUGAGAAUUCUGACCCUGCAUAGUCAGAACUAUUGUAUAAACUAACAAGAUCUGACAUAUCAAGAGUAAAUGAGGUAUCCAUUGGGAUGUGGAUGUGAUUAACUGAGCAUGUAAACUUCAUAGCUUUUGCCAGGAUCUCCAAAAGUACUAAGGGGGCAUUUAUAUUCAGAAAGGUAUUUUCAAAGCCAUUGUCAAGUCCCCAGUACGAAAAUAUGAUAAAAAGGAUUAGAGCAUCAGAAAAUCUGUGUAAGCCUAUUUGUUUUGUAUGAAAUGUCUCCAUAGUACAUGUAUCCUGUCAUCACCAUAAUGACACAAGGAGCCGAGAGAUUUUCGUCCCUACUGCUUGUUCCAACUUGCAUUUGUACAAACAUGAUAAUUUCAUCUGCAUAUCUGUACAAAGAUUUAUUAUGAAAUAAUUAAAAUUUAUUAACUCAACGAA